AUGGCGUUCAUGGAGAAGCCGCCGCCCGGCAAAGUCCUGCUGGACGACACAGUGCCGCUGACAGCCGGGAUCGAGGCGAGCCAGAGCCUGCACUCCCAUACGGAGUACAUCAUUCGUGUGCAGAGAGGAAUUUCUAUGGAAAACAGCUGGCAGAUUGUUAGAAGAUACAGUGACUUCGAUUUGCUGAACAACAGUUUGCAGAUUUCAGGCCUGUGUCUACCUCUCCCUCCCAAAAAACUGAUUGGCAAUAUGGACCGUGAAUUCAUAGCUGAAAGACAGAAAGGACUUCAGAACUAUCUCAACGUAAUCACCACAAAUCACAUACUGUCAAAUUGUGAGUUGGUGAAGAAAUUUUUAGAUCCAAACAGCUAUUCUUCAAACUAUACUGAAAUUGCUUUACAGCAAGUUUCCAUGUUCUUUCGGUCGGAACCCAAGUGGGAGGUGGUAGAGCCACUGAAAGACAUAGGCUGGAGGAUACGGAAGAAGUAUUUCUUAAUGAAGAGUAAAAAUCAGCCAAAGGAGCGGCUAGUGUUAAGCUGGGCUGACCUUGGCCCCGAUAAGUAUCUGUCUGACAAAGACUUUCAGUGUGUAGUCAAGCUCCUUCCAUCUUGUUCGCACCCUUAUAUCUAUCGUGUCGCCUUCGCCACGGUCAGUGAGUCCUCAGCGUUGCUAAUUAGGACAUUUAAUGAAAAAGGAACCCUAAAGGACCUGAUCUACAAGGCAAAACCAAAGGACCCAUUUUUGAAAAAGUACUGCAACCCCAAGAAAAUCCAGGGCCUUGAGCUACAUCAAAUAAAAACAUUUGGACGCCAGAUAUUAGAGGUGUUAAAGUUCCUGCAUGAAAAAGGCUUUCCUUAUGGCCACCUUCAUUCGUCCAAUGUGAUGCUCGAUGGAGACACUUGCCGCCUGUUGGAUCUUGAGAAUUCCUUGCUGGGACUUCCUUCCUUCUAUCGAUCCUAUUUUUCACAAUUCAGAAAAAUUAAUACUUUAGAAGGCGUGGAUGUGCACUGCUUUGGUCACCUACUCUAUGAAAUGACUUAUGGUCGGCCUCCAGAUUCAGUACCGGUGGACACUUUUCCUCCUGCACCAUCAGUGUCUGUGGUAAGCGUCUUGGAAUCCAUCCUGUCUUGUGAAGCCUGUAAGAAUGGUAUGCCUACAGUCUCCCAACUCUUACUAAUGCCAUUAUUCAGUGAUGUUUUACUAACCAAUUCUGAGAAGCCACAGUUUAAGAUCCCAACCAAGUUAAAGGAGGCACUGAAAAUUGCCAAAGAAUGCACAGAGAAGAGAUUAGUUGAGGAGCAGAAACUGAUUCACCAGCAUCGGAGACUAACGAGGGCACAGUCUCAUCACGGCUCAGAGGAAGAAAGAAAAAAAAGGAAGAUUUUAGCUCGGAAGAAAUCAAAGCGCUCUGCCUUUGAGAGCAGUGAAGACCACUUGGCAAAAUACAGCAACUCCAAUAAUUCAGCAGGCUCUGGGGCGAGUUCACCUCUGACAUCUCCGUCGUCGCCAACUCCACCCUCUACAGCAGGGGGAUCGACCUUCUCUCCUCCACCCCCACCACUGCUGCCAGCUGCGCCUCCACCUCCAGAUGUGGAUGUACCGACCCAGCUUCCCCCUCACUCCGUGAAUGGUACAAGCAGAGGAGCCUUGCUCAGCUCCAUCCAAAAUUUUCAAAAAGGAACUUUGAAGAAAGCGGAAACCUGUGACCACAGUGCGCCCAAGAUCAGCUGAAGUGGAUUGUUUGCAUUUGGCUGAAUAUUUAAGGUUUUUCUUUUUUC